CUAGAAGUUCUGUGAACCUGAGGAAGGUACUCGUAAUAGAGAUAGGGCACAAACGAAGUGCUGGAGCACAGUGCAUCUAAUGAAAUUGGUGGAGUGACCACCUGGAGGAAUUCGGAAGUAGAAACCUCCCAACCAGACCAAGGGAAGCUACGGAAAUGACCUCAGAUUCCCCCACCCAAUCAACGCCCGUCCCCCGGAAGUUUCCAAUAUUGCGCAAGCGCCGCGCCUAAUGCGUCAUAAAAGGCGACGGCACAUUAAGACGUCUCGGACGCAGGCGCUGCUCACACCGCUCCAGUUGCCGUCCCAGGGGCUGUGACGUCAGAUGCCGGCAAAGGUGGUCCACAAGCGCAGGCCUUAGCUGCUCUCAAACUGAUUCAGCGUGGCCGGUCGCUCUCCUGCGCCGACUGCAGUACGGGCCCCGGAAAGCACCUUUGGCCUCCCCACGCGUUACGUCGCCCUCACUUCCGCGUCGCUGAUUUCCGGUUACCGCCAUCUUCCUCGCGCGGAAGCCGGCUUCUAAGUAGGAGCUCCGUGUCAGUGGGUAGUUCGUUCGGUGCCAUGCCGUCAUCGCCGCUGCGGGUGGCGGUGGUGUGCUCGAGUAACCAGAAUCGGAGCAUGGAAGCACACAACAUCCUCAGCAAACGUGGUUUCAGCGUCCGCUCCUUUGGAACAGGAACUCAUGUCAAGCUCCCAGGACCAGCACCUGACAAGCCCAAUGUUUAUGACUUCAAAACCACAUAUGACCAGAUGUACAAUGAUCUCCUCAGGAAAGACAAAGAACUCUAUACACAAAAUGGAAUUUUACAUAUGUUGGACAGAAAUAAAAGGAUCAAGCCCCGUCCAGAAAGGUUCCAGAACUGCAAGGACCUGUUUGACCUGAUCCUUACUUGUGAAGAGAGAGUCUAUGACCAGGUUGUAGAAGAUCUGAACUCCAGAGAACAGGAGACCUGCCAGCCAGUCCAUGUGGUCAAUGUGGACAUCCAGGACAACCAUGAAGAGGCCACUCUGGGAGCGUUCCUUAUCUGCGAGCUCUGCCAGUGUAUCCAGCACACCGAGGAUAUGGAGAAUGAAAUCGACGAGCUGCUGCAGGAGUUUGAGGAGAAGAGUGGCCGGGCCUUUCUGCAUACUGUCUGCUUCUACUGAGCCAACUGUGCUUGGUGCAUGGCCUGCCCUGCACAGCCACCUUUGUUGAAGCCACUUUUUUCAGUGUGUUUUCCCCCCGAUAUUUGUUUAUACUGCUAGGUAUACAUCACCAGUGUACUGUACAUAUGGAAUGAGACGUACACAGAAAUGCCAGAUUCAAAUCCAUUGUUUUUAAGCAAAAGAAAUAAAGAUGGUUUACUCUACAGCGUA